CCGAAGCCCAUAUUUCUCGCGUCUAACGCCCACAGAUCCGUUCUUCGUCCCACCAUUGGUUCGUGUUCCGGCGUCACAUUGUAAUGAAAUUCAAUACAUAGGCCCCAACGGCCUUCCUUAUUUGUUCCCGGCAACGUUGCUAUGCACGCCCCAAUUACAGCAACCCCGGCCAUGUGCCUGAUUUAGUGGCGGCAAUCCCCCUAUCACCAGCCAUAGAAGGCCUCAUGGAGCUUUGCACGGGUGCUGGAAGGCGCAACCCAGAUUUAAGGGCGAGGGCGUGGUAGCGUGGCAGGUUCGCGCGUCAGAACUUUUAUAUCUGGACUGGUCCAUCAUGCAGAUCUUGGAUACGGAUAUCAGCCUCAGCUCGCUUUCUCUCGUUUCUGGCACAGCAGGGGACAUCGCGACGGGCCCACGUAAACACAAGCCAUGGAGUCCAACUGGCAGAGAUGUCUCGUCGCGCUCCUUCUCGCAGCCUUCGUGCAACGCGGCGAGAGUAUCCCGCCGUUCCUGCAGAGGCGAGCGGCGAAGCCCCUGACGGCGCUCCCGCUGAAUGCGACGGCCGAGGAUCUCCGCUGGCAGCCGUCGAUGGAUUUCGACAAGAACGGCUGCUACAACGUCCCUGCCAUCGACAAGAACGGCAACAUCUCGCCGGGCCUGCCCCAUGACUUUGUGUCGCCGUCCAGCAACUGCCACGACCUCGCGGACCUGCUGAGCAACAACGUCUACUCGCGACAGCGGUGCAACAACGGCUGGUGUGCCUACCUCUACGACUACUACUUCGAGAAGGACGUGGCGAUCCCCUACUUCAUCGACAUAGGCCACAAGUACGACUGGGAGCACAUCGCCGUGUGGGUGCGCGACGGCAAGGCGCAGUACGUGGCCGCGUCGCAGCACGGCGAGUACCUUGUCAAGGCGGCCGCCGACGUGCGCUGGGACGGCGAGCACCCCAAGAUGGUGUACCACAAGGACGGGUCCGUGGGGACGCACUGCUUCCGCUUCGCCACCGCCGCCGACGACGCGAUCGAGAACGACCUCGGCGUCUGGUUCCGCGGCGACCUCGUCUCCUACAACGGCUUCCCGCCCGGCAUCCGCGAGAAGCUGUAUGCGCACGACUUCGGCGACGCACACAUCGCCCUCUCCGACUCGUCGUUCCCGGGCAAUCUCGGCCGCGCGAAACCAAAGGACAUCACCUUUGAUACCGGCUCGGACGAGGGCUCGCCUGGAGUCCCAUGAGGAGUCUGAUAGAGGGAUACGUGUCUGGCUGGCGUCAUUUUCGGUGGGAGGGUAAUGACUGGCGUUUGUUUCCGUUUGGUUUUCUUUGCAUUUUAAUGAGGUCUCGGGUGGGCAUUUCGUAUAGAGCAGGUUUCUGUGCCCAGACCAACAGCGUCAGCGUUUAUAUUUUCUCCUCCCUUGGGCCCUUUCCCCCAUUCUCUCGGAUCAUGGCGACUUCAUUCGGGGUUCGACAAAGAGAAGAAUAAUUAGGGCGGUCAUUGAGACAACUCCGGCAGGCUUUAUUUCAGCU